CACCACCACCACCAUCACCCUCAUCCACGGCCAACCUCCACCAUCGUGUUGCGUCCUCGCAGACACUCCAAUACAUUCCCUGACCAGUCUCCGUAUUUGGUUGCUUUGUUUCAUUUUACACAAUGGAUCACUCACGCGAUCCCUGCCCAUGGGUGAUUCUGAAUGACUUUGGCGGUGCCUUCGCCAUGGGUGCUGUCGGCGGUGCUGUCUGGCAUGGUGUCAAGGGCUUCCGUAAUUCUCCGUAUGGCGAACGACGAAUCGGUGCUAUUACAGCCAUCAAAGCGCGUGCGCCCGUUCUUGGUGGAAACUUUGGUGUUUGGGGUGGACUUUUCAACACAUACGACUGCGCUGUCAAAGGAAUCAGGAAGAAGGAAGAUCCCUGGAACGCCAUCAUUGCAGGUUUCUUUACUGGUGGAUCUCUCGCCGUUCGAGGCGGCUUCAGAUCGAUGCGAAAUGGAGCUAUAUCGUGCGCAAUCCUUUUAGCCGUCAUUGAGGGUGUUGGAAUCGGAUUCAACAGAAUGAUGGCAGACAACACAAGACUGGACGCUCCACCCCCACCCCCGCAACCCGAUGCGCCCUCGGGCGUUGGCGCUCCUGCAGUGGCGGCUUAAUUUAUACGACAUGAUUUUCUUUUGUAUUUUGCGUGGGAGAGGGGGCUGUACAAAAGCUUCCUGAGGAAUUGGGAAAUGGAGUGCUUGCUUUUAUAUGGUCAGGUUGCAUAUCCGUGAGCCAGGUCGGUCACGGUCGGCGUUUCAGCACUCUACUCUCGCGUUGUGCCAUAUCUGUAUAACAUCUAGACUUGUACAAACAAGGAGGGCGUCUAAAAGAAGGAAAUAUGGAGGCGUAUCUUGAGGGAGUCGAGAUUAUCGAGGUUGCUAUUCUCUAUCGCUCGGAAUCAUUGCCCCACUAUUCUUCGCAUGUCUAGUCACUCCCUAAUAAACCAUGCGCCCACCAUUCUACUGUCCCCAAGCUAUAGGCUUCCUGUUCGAUGGCAUCAAAC